AUGUAUUCGGAGCCUGAUUCAAUGGGACAUACACCCUCAUACGAACCACCAUCCCAGGAGGCUGUCAAACCGAUACCAGCAUUCUAUUGCGCCUACUUGCUGCGGUCAACUGUCAGACACGCCAGUCUCUAUAUUGGAUCUACCCCCAACCCUGCAAGGAGGCUGGCACAACACAACGGCCUCAUACAAGGCGGCGCCAAAAGGACGCAUAAAGUCUCCCUCAGGCCAUGGGAGAUGGUCAUGCUCGUGAGCGGCUUUAUGAGUAGAACGGCGGCACUGCAAUUCGAGUGGGCAUGGCAACAUACACCAAGUUCUCGUCAUGCCGACCACGAAGAUGAAUCAUCGCAGCCUCCUGUGCGGAUAUAUCCCCGUUCAGAAAGGGGGGCCAAGCGCUCCUCUCGUCCUCGCUCAUCUCUGAAAAGCAUCCUGAAAUCCUUACAUCUCUUAUUACGCUCGCCCUACUUUUCUGUCUGGCCACUAGAAGUCCACUUCUUCUCAGCCGAGAUUUAUCGUGCAUGGCAGGGUUGUUGCCAGCUGCUAGACAAUUUAAUUCCAGACUCCAUCAAUGUCGUCGUGGACCAAUAUAUCGAAAAACAACGAGACGGGACUAAACCAUUCGAUUCUCUCGACAUCAAAAAUGCAAAGCUCAAAAAUUACUUUGCCAAGGCUGAGUUUCUUCUUGAUAAGCACGUUAUCCCUUGUGGCAUUUGCAACCAAAAGCUGAAUCUGGAAGACGACCUGAUAGCCAUCUGCCCGCACGAACAAUGCAAUUGCGCAUCCCACAUACUUUGUCUCUCAUCUAAGUUCCUUGAGAUUGGGAAUGCGCCAAACAGAAUAAUUCCCAUGAACGGGAAAUGUCCGAGCUGUAGUUCAAUCAUAGAAUGGUCCAUCUUAAUGAAAGAGAUGACUCUGAGGAUACGGGGCAAAAGGACUGAGAAGAAAAGUCGUUCUGGAAGGCUAAAAAGAAAUGGAGGUGUUCCCUUCAUAGACUCAGCUUACCCCGGUUCAACGGGAUCCCGGGAUAAGUUCUCUGAUUUCGACGCGACCGACAAGUUCGACCAAAGUGAAGAUAGCUGGGGCCCAAAGCUACGCGUUAUUGAAGAAGAGCUUGGGCUGCUGACUCUUGAAUCGCCGGAAAAAAGGUGUUCCUAG